ACCCCAUCCCAAGAAACUUAUCGCCAUGUUGAAUGAAUGAAGUCUAUCAGUACCAAAUAAGGAGAUGAGCAAUCUCAUAUUCGCAGCCGCCCAUUUCCUUUCUGCUUCUGCUUCCUGAAAGCUAAGAAGAAGAGGAAUAGCGUGUUGCUUCUGCUAUGCUUCACCUUCAACCUCGCGGAGGACUCUUCUCGUACAGUUUCAGUAGCUGUAGCUGUAAGUUGAACAAUCUUCUGGUGAUAAUGGCGUCUUCCAAGCAUCUGGUUCACACUUCCUUGAAGUCCUCCUUCAUAGUCGCGCUUAAACCGGUUUUGAAUUCCAUAACGCCCUCAGCUCCUUCUCGUCUCAUCCACACUCACGGCCACGCUCUCAUCUUCUCUGCAUUUGCUUCCAAACCCGUCUCCCCCGCUCGUCAGGCGUCCCGUUUGUCCUACAGGGCCCAUCGCGUUCCCCCGCCAGUUUCCCUGGAAGAUGGCCCCGAGGCGAAAUCCUCGCGAUUGAACUUGUUGAACCAGAAACUUAAGGAGGCCGGUAUAGAUAGUGUUUCGUGUGCCCCUGGCCAAUACUCUGGAUUGCAUUGUCCAAUGUGCAAAGGCGGGGACAAUAAUGUGAGGAGCUUAUCUCUUUAUAUUGAUCAUAAAGGGGAUACAGCUUUAUGGACCUGCUUUCGAGGUAAAUGUGGCUGGAGAGGCAGCGCACAGGCAUUGGGAGAUACGAAGUUAACAAAGGAAGAUAUGAAGAAGAGCUUGAAAUCAAUUAAGAAAUACAGACAGUUAGAUGAGCAAAGUUUGAGAUUGGAACCUCUAAGUAGCGAGGCAUUGGGAGAUACAAAUUCAACAAAUGGAGAUAUGAAGAAGAGCUUGAAAUCAAAUAAGAAAUACCGGCAGUUAGAUGAGCAAAGUUUGAGAUUGGAACCUCUAAGUAGCGAGGCAUUGGGAGAUACGAAGUCCACAAAUGGAGAUAUGAAGAAGAGCUUGAAAUCAAAUAAGAAAUACAGACAGUUAGAUGAGCAAAGUUUGAGAUUGGAACCUCUAAGUAGCGAGGCAUUGGGAGAUACGAAGUCAACAAAUGGAGAUAUGAAGAAGAGCUUGAAAUCAAAUAAGAAAUACAGACAGUUAGAUGAGCACAGUUUGAGAUUGGAACCUCUAAGUAGUGAGCUACUUACAUACUUUUCCCAGCGAAUGAUUUCUGGGGAAACCUUGCGGAGAAAUGGUGUCAUGCAGCAUAAAGCCUAUAAUCAGAUUGUUAUUGCAUUUCCUUAUCGGAGGAAUGGCGAAAUUGUAAGCUGCAAAUACCGGGAUAUAAACAAAAAAUUUUGGCAGGAAAGUGACACUGAAAGGAUAUUGUAUGGAUUGGAUGAUAUAACGGGAGCAAGUGAUAUAAUUAUUGUUGAGGGUGAGAUGGACAAGCUUGCAAUGGAAGAAGCUGGCUUUCGUAAUUGUGUCAGCGUCCCUGACGGUGCUCCUGCAUCUGUUUCCGAAAAAGAGUUGCCACCCGAGGAUCAGGACACAAAGUAUCAAUUUCUUUGGAACUGCAAAGAAUUCUUUGAAAAGGCAUCUCGUAUAAUACUUGCAACUGAUGGGGAUUCACCUGGCCAGGCUCUAGCUGAAGAACUUGCCCGCCGUUUAGGGAGAGAAAGGUGCUGGCGAGUGAAAUGGCCUAAGAAGAUUAAUGGGCAUUGCAAAGAUGCAAAUGAGGUGCUUAUGUAUCUGGGACCUGAUGAAUUGAGGGAGGUCAUUGAAAAUGCUGAGCUAUAUCCCAUAAAAGGGUUGUUCAACUUCAGAGACUAUUUUGAUGAGAUCGACUCGUACUAUCAUCAAACAGUUGCUUUUGAUCUUGGGGUUUCAACUGGAUGGAGAGGCCUAAAUGAACUGUACAAUGUUGUGCCUGGAGAGUUGACGGUUGUUACAGGAGUUCCUAAUUCAGGCAAGAGUGAGUGGAUUGAUGCUCUCCUAUGCAAUCUUAACCGAAGUGUCGGCUGGAAAUUCAUUCUUUGCUCUAUGGAGAAUAAGGUUCGGGAGCAUGCUAGGAAACUUUUGGAGAAGCACAUAAGGAAGCCUUUCUUCAAUGUCAGGUAUGGAAAUGAUGCUGAACGGAUGAGCGUUGAGGAAUUCGAGCGGGGAAAGGAAUGGCUCAGUGAUACAUUUUCUCUCAUAAGGUGUGAAAAUGAUUCUCUACCAAAUAUAGAUUGGGUUCUUAAACUUGCAAAGGCAGCAGUUCUGAGACAUGGGGUGAAUGGACUUGUAAUUGAUCCAUAUAAUGAGCUUGAUCAUCAACGUUCUCCUAGCCAGACUGAAACAGAGUAUGUGAGUCAGAUGCUCACAAAGAUUAAACGGUUUGCUCAACACCAUUCUUGUCAUGUUUGGUUUGUAGCACAUCCACGUCAGUUGCAUCAUUGGGUUGGAGGUCCUCCGAAUCUAUAUGAUAUUAGUGGAAGUGCACAUUUCAUAAACAAAUGUGACAAUGGAAUUGUUAUUCAUCGGAAUAGGGAUCCUGAGGCUGGCCCUUUGGAUCUAGUACAGGUUUGUGUUAGAAAGGUACGCAACAAGGUUAUAGGAACUGUUGGGGACGCAUUCUUGUCAUAUAGCAGGCUUACUGGUGAAUUUGUGGACAUUGAUGAAAGCCCAAAGCAACAAAAGAAAUCUUGAGCAAUGAGUUGCAGCAAUUCUGUGUUUGCGGAACUGUGCCAGUCUUGUGGAUACGGGACUUGACCUCUGCAUAAGCCAUUGGCUCUGCUGCCAUCUGUAGAGUAAAUUAGCAACAAGAAAUUCAACUGUAUAUUGUUAGUUACUUGUUAGUCAUUGAAUAUAUUUUUAUAUGUGACUUUUUAUUUAUUUUUUCCAUUGAGCCGAGGUUGUAGCCAUGUCCUCUCCUCUUCAAACUCCAAUUCUCAGUGGCCUUCUUUCUGAGAAAUUCUGAUUUUGUUGAUGGUUACUAUGCCCAUUCUUAGUAGAUGCUGGGCCAAUUUUUGUUUAGUAUGAUGUAUGGAUUGUACAUGGAAAUCCUAUACCUAAGUUCUGAUUUUUCAAGAAUAUUUUAUUUUUACAUAUUGGAAUUAA